CGCCUGGACUUGUCCGCGAGAUCCGCUAUUUUAUGGACAUGAAAAAUGAUGUGCCAGCCCGCCCUGGACUACUUGGACAAAGCCCAUGGACUAUAGGCCCGCUUGACACCUCUAAGCGCCGCUUCUCUCUGUUCAUCGUCCAUUUACUUCAAUGGCACCAAAGAAGGAUAAAGUUCCACCAACAUCUUCUAAACCAGCUAAAUCAGGUGGCGGCAAGCAGAAAAAGAAGAAGUGGAGCAAAGGAAAGCAAAAGGAGAAGGUGAACAACAUGGUUCUGUUUGAUCAAGCAACUUAUGACAAGCUUAUGUCUGAAGCUCCCAAGUUUAAAUUGAUCACUCCUUCUAUUCUCUCUGACGGGAAGGCGAUAAGAGAUCUGAUGGCGAAAGGAACUAAGUUUCCUUUCAUUUUGUUCUCUAGUCUUGCUUGACUCAAUGUUUAGCUCAAUUUAGACGUUGAUCCGAAGGAACUAUUGUUUUAAAAGUUCAUACGGAAUCAGAAAUUGUGUUAUGUUGGUUGCAUAGGUAAUGCUAGUAACAAAUCAAAAUACUGA